CUGAAAUACAAACUGAGAAAGCUUUUUGUGUGUGUGUAAGCUCAUUGAAGGAGACACUGCUCCUGGCACCGGAGGAAUCACUUUAAUUCAGAGGGGAAAGUACAACCACUCCUUGAAUUUUGUUUUUUGAAUGCUGCCUGGGAAUGAAUUUUAACUACAGCCACUGCCUGUACAACUGGAGAAUGUACUCUUUCCACUACUACAUUUUACUCUGCUUUAAAAAGUGAAACAACUUGAAAACAUUGAUUUGCAUUCAGCAACCAGGCAUAAAGAUUACUUUCUUAUUCAGAAGAGAGGACUUUGCAGAUAGAUGAGACUAAUAAGUGAAGAACUCUGCUCCACCUCACACCUUUGAAGGACAAAGGGGGGUUGUGUUGUGCCUGAGGAAAUCCACAUGUAUUCUCCAAAGGAUCCGCGAUUACAAACUGGGCAAUAAGAAAACAAAGAAACUGUGAUUUUGCUCUGUAUGCCUAACAACCAUUUAUGAUGGUAAGCGAAAAUAUCACAGACUGUGUUUCAGAUGAUAACUUUAAGUAUACCUUGUAUGGCUGUAUCUUUAGCAUGGUGUUUGUUCUUGGUCUGUUAUCAAACUGUGUCGCCUUGUAUAUAUUUGGCUGUACCUUAAAGGUGCGCAAUGAGACCACAACUUACAUGAUGAACUUGGCCAUUUCAGACCUGCUAUUUGUGUUUACGCUACCUUUUAGGAUUUUCUACUUUGUGGCUCGGCACUGGCCAUUUGGAGAUAUACUGUGCAAAAUAUCAGUCACUCUUUUCUAUACAAACAUGUAUGGGAGUAUCCUGUUUUUGACUUGCAUAAGCGUUGAUCGGUUCCUAGCUAUAGUACACCCAUUUAAGUCAAAAACGAUCAGGACGAAAAGAAAUGCCAAAAUUGCCUGCGUUGCUGUAUGGCUGACUGUAAUUGCAGGGAGUGCGCCUGCAAGCUUUUUCCGCUCCACCAAUACAAAUAAAAAUAACAGUACAGAGACCUGUUUUGAGAACUUCUCCAAUCAAACAUGGAAAACUUAUCUGUCCAAGAUUGUAAUUUUCAUUGAAAUUGUGGGAUUCUUUUUUCCACUACUGGUUAAUGUAAUCUGUUCUACAAUGGUUUUAAAGACUCUGAAGAAACCAGUUACUUUAAGUCGAAGCAAACUUAACAAAAAAAAGGUACUGAAAAUGAUCUUUUGUCAUCUGGCGAUAUUCUGUUUCUGCUUCAUACCAUAUAAUAUAAAUCUGGUACUAUAUUCACUCAUGAGAACACAAGCAUUUAGCAACUGCUCAGUACAGGCCGCGGUCAGGACGAUGUACCCCAUUACCUUAUGCAUUGCAGUAUCCAACUGUUGCUUUGACCCUAUCAUUUAUUACUUCACUUCAGAGACUAUUCAGAACUCAAUCAAAAAGAGACAUCGUGCAAGGAGAAAGGAUUCAGCAUUUUCUGAAACAAUUGGCUCAGACAAUUUUAUUCAGCACAAUCUACAGACACUGAAAGCGAAAAUAUUUGAUAAUGAAUCUACAAUAUGACGGUUGGAUUGCAUGGGAGUAUAGCAAUCUGAGAUCACAAGGUGCUGGCUAUAAAUGUGUUAUCAGCAGAUAUGUAUCACUAUCCUAAGACCUUUCUGAAAAGAACUAUGGGGGUGGGGGAGAGAGGAAGAACAAGUAGUAACCACUUGUAUGCCAGAUGGUGGUCAGGACCCCCUGGCACUUGAGAAGUUAAGGUAAAAUGGUCAUUUUCAACAAAUGCAACAAAUUAAAAUAUAAUUGUUUUAGUUGGGCGCAAGGCUAAUAAUGUAACAUUAAUACAAACAUAUUUGGGGGGGCAGCAUACUGAUAUGACACAGCUAGUAUUACUUAGAAGAUGCUGCACAUUACAGCGUAAAAUAUAAAGCUAUACCAUACAGUGAUAGUAUCUAAGAUGCAAAACGACUGCUUUUGUACAUUUUUCAGAAAGCACAGCUCUGAGAAUGUAAGACUUCUACCCUGCUUAGUAUAUUUUUGUGUCCCAGAUGUAUAUAUGAAAUCUGUUUACAAAUAUGCCAAAUCAUUUAUUGCUAAUGGGUAGAUGAAAAAAGUUGCAGAUCUCCUGCAAGUAAAGGGGUUAAAUACCUCCAAUGUAUCCUUCUUACAGAAGGCAGACUAACUAAGUAUAUUACUGAAACUAAACAUAGGUUUUUUUAUGCUAUUGUAUACUCUAACUGCAAAUGUAAAUCUAACUUCUAUUCUGUAAUGACCUUUAAUAAUGCAUUCAUAAAUGAAGAACAUUUUGAUGUUACAAUAAGAUGUUUUUCAAUCAUAUUUAUUAAUGUUUAUAUUCUCUACAAAGGAAUUCAGGACAUUUUCUUUUAGUUUACAUAUUUCCACAAUUGGAUAAGAUAGGUACAUUACAGUCUUGAACUCUGAUCCUAUUUCAAAUCUUGAAAAAGAGUUUGUUUACAUAUUCAUGUUGCAAGUCUAAUACUCCGUAUUGUAGGGGGAAAACAGUACAGUAUAUAUUUAAUAUUCAAUAAACUAUUAAAGAAAUAGGAGUAUUGUUUCAAAUGUCGGUAGACAAUGAAUUAUCUAAACAGGGAGUUAACUGAGGAAAGGUUUACUCAUUGGGAACGUUGGCUCUGUUAAGACAUGCUAAAGAUGCAUUAUUAGUAAGUUCAAGCACUCCUAUACCUUAGGGCAAAUGGGAAAAGGCUGAUUGCAUCUUGCUGUGAUGUGCACAUGCAGGUCAGCACUCAAGUGGAUUAUUCAGAUCAAUUCACUUCCCGUACCAUCCGCAUACGUGCAAGCACUAAUCAACUCAAUGCUUUCAUUUUACAGGAGCUUUGGCUCUUAAAUGGGCAUAAAACCCCCCAAAAAUAUUUCAUAAUUCAGAUAGAACAAAGCAUUUUAAAUAACAUUCUAAAUUACUUCUAUUAUCAAAUUGUAUUUGUUUUCUUGUUAUCCUUUGUUGAAAAACAGGAAGGUAAGUUAAGCAGUGUGCAUAUGUAUGUAGCAAUAUAUGGCAACAGUUUUGUAGCAAUGUUAUACAUUAGCAAAAGCACUAGAUAGCAACACAACUUUUUGUUAUGUAGUGCUCCAAGCAUGUGCCCGCCACCUAUCUAGAUAUCUCUUCAACAAAGAACAUGGAAAUGAUGAAAAUUUAAUAGAAGUAAAUACAAAACUUUUUUUAAAAUUAUAUUCUCUCUCUGAAUCAUGAAAGAAAACAUGUGGGUUUCAUGUCCCCUUUAAAGGGAUAUUCUAAUGUAAAAGUAAAAUGCUUUAGUGCAUUUUUCUACAAAAUGAAUCAUUUACUGUGUACGUAAUCCCUAUAAAAGGGUUAAACACAAAGUUACCCUUCUGAAACACCCACACUAAAUACACUCCAAGGCUGUGCCCUUGCUCUGAGGAGCCUGUCUGGUGAGCGACUUUCACUUUAUGUUUAACCAAUCAUUUUUAUUACAACUAAAAACACAGAUGUGGCUUUUUACCAACCAACAUGCACUAUGAGAACACUUAUUAAUGCCCAUGUGUAGGGACAUUGUACACUAGAUUAUCUUUGUAUAAAUGUUUUGUAGAUGAUCCAUUUAUAUGCACAUCUGGGAGUGUUUUUGUAACAGUGUAUAGUUUUGCUUAUUUAUUUAUUUAACAGCAUUGUGCUGAUAUUCAGAUCUUAACCAAGACCCACAGUGUCAGAUGUAUACGUGCGUUUACAGACUACUGCUGGCUCCUGUUUAUGUGAUCUGUCUUGUUAUAUGCAGGGGAGAGGGAGUGUCUGCUCUUCUUAUUUCUCCAGCCCCUUUCACUGGGUGUCCCAGCCUAACCUCAUCAGCAGUGCUAAACUGGGAGCUUCUAAGUAAGUUUUUAAAAGGUUUUAUACUGGAUUUUUAGAUUAGUAUCUGUGCAUAUUCUCUUUAUAGUAGUGUCUAUUAUAUGCAGUUAUAUGAAAACUAGUGUACACUGUCCCUUUAAAGCAAACACAUUUUCUCACUUCCUUUUCUUUAAUUCCACAGGACAGAAUUUAUUGUAUCUAACAUUCUGUGUAAUCAUUUAAUUGAUAUUGUGAAGAGAGAAAGCAGCAUGUUGGUUAUCUAUGCCAGGCACAGCUAAAAGAUCAGAUAUCAUACACUACCAUAAUAAACAAAUUGUUUAACUAUUUAUCUGCUAGACAUCAGACGUCAGGUGAUCAGUGGUAAAAAGAUGCAGUGCAGCCCUAAGCAUAUUGUUUGACGAGUCAACUGAAUAUGUGGUAUAAUCCCUUUAAAGUUGCAAUCUUUAAGUGUGUUGUCCAGAACUGAACUUUAUGUUAGUUACAGAAUUUCCCCUUUAUGAAAAUAUGCUGCUCUACAAUAUAUUUAUCGAUACUUUCUACAACUGUGCUGAUCUACUGAAUAUUUUUGUGCUUUAUAAAUAAAUGUCUAAAGUUGAAUCAUU